UGAAGCCCCGGCCGCGCCGCCCGCCCGUCCGCCGGCCCGCCCGCGCCCACCGCCCAGCCGCCCGGAGCCGGCCGCCCUCCUGCCCCCAAGAUGUGGCACAGCGUCGGGCUGACCCUGCUAGUGUUCGUGGCCACGCUGCUGAUCGUGCUGCUGCUGAUGGUGUGCGGUUGGUAUUUUGUUUGGCAUCUUUUUUUAUCAAAAUUCAAGUUUCUUCGGGAACUGGUGGGAGACACAGGAUCUCAGGAGGGAGAUCAUGAACCUUCAGGGUCUGAAACAGAAGAAGAUGCUUCAUCAUCUCCACACAGGAUCAGAUCUGCUCGCCAAAGGAGGGCACCCGUUGAUGAAGGCCACUGACCUGAGCCGUGGUCCUCUGAUAGCGAAUGACAAAGGACACUGGGAGUCUCUCUCUGUAAUGACUUGGCUUUGCAGUCUGCUAAAAGAUGGAAGAACAUUCAUUCUUGGAUCUUAAGUCCAAUUCAAAGAAAGAUUUACACGUAAGCCAUAUGAAAAUAAAGGGAAUUACAACCAAAUCGGACCAUUGCACAUUUCAUCGUAAAGAUAGUUUUUGCUUAUAUACUUCUACAUAUAUACUUAUUCCUUGACCCUUGGGCUUAUUUUCUUGCACUGGUGUUAAUCUGACAAAUAUUACAGGCUUGAAAAACCAUAUUUUAUUAAUAUUAGUUCUAUGGUGUACUUUUUUUUUCCCCCACAUUAUACCGUCUGAAAUUGGGAUGCAUUUUACGGUUACUGUCAACCAGGCAAUAGUCAUGAUGCAAUUAUCCUCGCCUGUGCCUGUGUGGACUUAAGGUUUGUCCUGUUGUUGGUAUCAAAUGUGUCAGGUUUAAUUGGCUUUUUAAAAUGGCUUCAAAAAGAUUACACUAUGAUUCAGCAUUGAAACGAAAAGUUAUCGUGUAUGCAGAAAAGCAUGGAAACAGAGCAGCAGGGCGUACGUUCGAUAUCAGUGAAGCAAAUAUCCGUCGCUGGAGGAAUGACCGAAAUUCCAUAUUUUCUUGUAAA